AUGGAUGGCCCUGCGCCGAGCGAAGCGGCCCCGGAUAAUGCCGCCUCAAGCGUGCAGUCCGUGCCUACAGAAAUUCAGUCAACGCCGUCGCCUGAGGGCGCGAUGGUGGAUGUCGAGUUAUCUGCAAAGCGCGUUGUAAACGAAGGUUACGUGACUUGGUUGAAGCCGUGGUUUGACUUGUCGCAAUCGGAGUAUGGCCGUCGUUGCAAGGCAUGCCUUAUUUCCUAUAUGUGCCUGAAUUUCACUUGCGUUCGUUUGUUGGAGCUCGCAUCGCUUGAGUUGCGGUCGAUGUAUCGCAGCGCCAUGUGCCGAAUGGGUCUCAUGCAUUGGUUCCCCGAGGAGACCCUCGACGUGUCAACCGCAGGACCGGAUGCACAGGUGGAACCCGCAGAGGAAGCACCCAAAGACUUCCUGUCACCCGUCCAGGAUGAAGGCGGCGUUGCAAGCAUUCCCGUCGGAGAGAUGGACGUCAAAGGUGCACCUGGUAGUACUGAUGCCGACGAUGCGUCGGACAAUUUCGGUUUGGGAGCCUUGGAGGGAUAUUGUGACACGGAUCACCACAUCUUCUUGACUCUGCGCAACAUGUGGCGUAAACCAGAUCUCUACGCCCCGUUUUGGAUCAACGUCAUGAUGUCUGGUUCGCUUUUCAAGAUUUACGCUUUGCACCAGUAUUACAAGGGCAUCGUCAAUUCCGUCUUAUCGCUGUCGAUGUUACUUUACUUCAUGUUGAUUUGUUGGUCGUGCUCGUUUUUGAUGGCGCUUGCGAUUUACGGUUGCAGGAUUUUUGUUUGCGGUAGUGAGGGCCGCACUGAUUUUUUGCCCAUCCUUUCCGUAUCGGGCUACAUGCGUAUCCCCCUAGUCAUCUUUUGCAAGGUCAUCGUCUGGAUUUCCGUGGCGAGGGUGUACAUGCCGUCUCUAUCAGGUUUGAUUUACGUUUUGCAGUACCUGACCUACGCUUACUUCUGCGCCUCCACCUCUGCAACAGUGUCUUUGUACCUUCCGCCGGCUCCCGACCCUUCAAAGGAUACGGCGCUUAAGGUGACAACUGCGGUUGUUACUUGCCUUGUUCAGACGGCAUAUUUCUACUGGAUUGAGGUUUACGUCUGA